CAUGGUGCAGUUGGGUAGAGCCGAGCAGGCGCCGACUUUCAAAAAAACAUGGCGGAACCUUGUUUGGUGCUAAAAACGACUCUAGAUCCCGAAGUCUCCGAAAAUCAAUCCGCCGCAAACAGCGAAGACAGCAGGGUGAAGCGGCGACUGUCUUUUCCCUCCGAAAAAGAAAUUAGUUCACGAGAAGAACCGAGUUUAACGUACUUAGACCUGAGUUUACAAUGUCUUUCUGACGAUUCAAACUCUCCUCAACCGACUGACGAGAAGCUGUCAGCGACGGUCCCAAACGGAACCGAUGUCUCUUCUGAACAGCGCGAAGAGGACAAAGAAAACACAGAAAUUCAUCAAGAAGAGCAACAGGAAGAGGAGGAGGCCACUUCCUGUCAGGAGUCUGCCAGUGAACGCCACUCAAACACGCAGGACAGGGAUGCUGAGGUGGUGAGGAGAGCAAAGGAAGAAGGCUGCGUGAGCGUGAUCUUCCCCGGCCCCGUGACCCAAGAUGGCAGCUACCGUUUUGUCAGCGAGAUCCUCAAAUGCGUUCUCUACCAGCGGCAGCAGCUCCCCAUGACGUACGAGCAGCUCGUGUUCUCCCAGAAGCGGCAGCAGCAGCGAGACGUGGAGGAUAAAGAUGUGGUGAGACCAAGGAAGGUCCACUCCGCAGACGUGGAUUACAAGUGUCAGCAGACCCUUCAGGAGCUGGAGGAGGUGCUCCACCAGCUGGAAGUGCUGUUCUCCCUCAGCAGAGUCCCGCGCGUCUUACUGAUGAUGGGCGGUUCCCUCGUCCUGCCGAAGGAGCUCUACGAGAUCAACAUGGAGGACCUGCUGCUGGUCGGCGGGGAGCAGGGUCUGCGAGCGUCCUCCUGCCUGAGGCUCCUCUUCCGCACGCUCUUCGUCGCCGACCUCCUGUCCGACUCCAGACCCGUUCGCUUGAUGCCCACCACCGUUUUAGCCCUGGCUCACAGGGAUUGCGGCGUGGACUGGUUUCGCCCCAAAUUACAAUUCAAGAUUCCCACCCGGGUCAAAAACCAGAUCAUCGCUUUGGCCACAGAUCCCAACGUCUGUGAGAAGCAGAGGGAAAAGGCCGACUGGCAGGAUUAUGUUUGGUUCCAGGCACCUGUGACUAUUAAGGGCUUCAGCAACUAACACUAAAAGGGAUUUGGAUCAUCAGAAUGUGUGUCUGUGUGGAAUAUAAACGAGUGGAUGUUUAUUUUAGUAAAAUGGUUGUUUUUUUUCGCAUUAAGAUCAUGACAUUCAUGUGCAUGUGUGUUGAUUAUUAUUUUUACCUUUGGCAUACAAAAGAAUGUUUUGUCUUUGUGUGGGGAACAGAAUAUGCAGGUAUUUCCAGAAAACACCAGACAUCGCCGCUUGUGCAAUACAUUUUAAUGAACAAGACUUGAACGGUUUGACAAAAGUCGUUGCUUUUGUUAUUCAUAUCUCGGGACACAGUUAACAUCCGUUAUUCACUGAAAAUGAUUUUUAACUAGCAUCAAGGAGAGCGAACCAGGUGCAGAGAAGAUUAAAGCAUAUUUGUGUGAAGAAUGAUGAAUUACAAUUAAAACCAAAAGCAUCAUGA